UGAUGUGUGGCUGCUGGAGGGAGGAGUCACGCACCUGUGAAUCUACACCUGGCUCCCAGAGAGAACGAGAAGGACAGCCAAGCUGGAGGAGAGACAGAAGAGAAGCGAUAGACAGCAACUCCCUUAAAUCCAUAUUAAAAAAGGGGGUCCUAGAGGGCCUCAACUGCUGGACUCAACUGGACAGAGAACUGAACCUAAGGAUACUGACGCAGAUAACAACCGCCUUAACAGACGUAUAUUAACCUGCACAGAGCUAUCAAAGUCUGUUUUCUUCUAAAUGGCGACCGCAGAACCAGCACCAGCCUGGUGGAAACUGACCUUCCUGCGGAAGAAGAAAUCAGAGCCCAAAGUGUUGUACGAAAUCCCUGGAGACCACAGCAGCAACGCCGGGGAGACGGCCGGGACACCGGACGCAGCUACGGACAGCCAGUUUAAUGCCCGCUUGGAACGCAUCGUGGACAAAACGGCGACAAAGGGGCGACACGUGAAAGUCUCACAUUCGGGCCGGUUUAAAGAGAAGAAGAGAAUCCGCUCUACGCUGGCAGAAAACCCUGAGCUGUUCCCUGAGGCAGAAACAACGACUAAUGAGAAUAAUAAAAGUGGAAAAUAGAGUCUCUGUGUAAACAUGGUAGGGUCACUGUGCAAGAAGCCACUCAAGAGGGCCUUGGUCUAUGUAGCACUCUUCCAUUGAUGUCCUCUGUAGUUUACAAUCACCUGAGGUUGAGCCUGAAGCUGGAAAAGGACCGCUGAAUUAGUGAUCUAUACUAAUGUUUAGGAACAAAGACGGGCACAAACCCAAAGAUCAGGUUUCUCCACAGAUACGCACGGCAGGACCGCAUUGUGGUCGUCUGAUGAAAGGCUGACAGUUGGCACAUGUUUAGUCAAGAGAAAUCUACCGUGAGAGAAUCAAAUCAAUCAUACAUCAACACAAGAUAUCAGUAAUGCUCUGAUUAUUCUAGUUUCCUGUUUUCAUAU